AUGAGGGACACGGGCAUGGUGCUGCCGCCCAGCGUGUUCUUCUCGUGCAAGGACGACGCGUCGCACAUCGCCCUGCCGCAAGUCCACAGCAUCCUCACCAAAGUCGAAUUCUCUGGCUCCGAGCCAUGGCAGCCGGUGACACAGCUGGGCCACGAGCAGUGCAAGCAGUGCGGCAUCUACCAGCGCCACUUCUUCCUCUACACCUCCACCGUCGCCGACUUCCCGCUCUGCCCCGCCAACUUCUCGCUGUCUGCCGCACAACAAGCCACGGCCACGGGGCCGCACAGGCGCAACCCGACUACAGUCAUGUCAGGCGGUGUGGCGGUUGUGGACAUACCAGGGGUGGUGUACGUGUCCCUGGCGUGUGACACGUGUGUGGCUCCCCCGCCUCCUCCUGCUCCACGCGUAACCGAGUUUGAACCAGCAGUCACCGACGUCACGGGCACAUGGGUGACAACCGUCAUCCUCUCCUUCGCCUUCCUGGUCGCCAUCGCUAUGUGCUGUGUCAUUGCCCUCAUUCUGCGCCACCAGCACCGCCGCAGACGGCAGCACGACGAGAUGGAGAAGUCCCGCUUCUUGGAUCUGCAUGGCGACAACAGCAGCAGCAGCAUCCACGAGCACAGCCAGGAUGCACCAUACCUGGACAAGGAUCCUGAACAUGGGGACGAGAGUGGUGCAGGUGAAGGGAUGGGAGGGGAAGGUUUGGGAGUGAGUGCUGCAACAGCAGCUUUUGCUCCUGGGACCAGUAUUGACGACGGGUACAGAGACGAGGAUUUCUAUUUAGGUAAUGGUCAUAGUACUGCUGCACUUCACUACCGCGGUGCUGCAGCUGACAUGUCAGAAGAGCAGAGAGUGCCCAUGAUAUAA